GAGUGGGUGGUGACCCCAUGAGCAGCUGGGGCUUGGGGUCCCUGCUCCACCUCCGGGCCCCGCCCCCUGACAUCACUGUCGCAUUAUUGCACCAGGUCUGGCUGACCAAUAAGCUGCUGCUUGCGAUGAUAAUGGGUCCUAGCAACGGUGUCUGACCUUGGCUAAGAGGGAAGGAGAUCCUAUCAGUGGGGAGAGUGUGAGGGGAGAGGGAGAGCCUGCAGGGCAGGCGCUGAGGAUCACGCAUCCUGUGACUCUCUCCUGUCCCCCGCCACCCUCUGAACCACUGGCCACCAUGGCUACUUCAAAGUUGCCCGUGGUGCCUGGGGAGGAGGAAAACACCAUCCUUAUGGCCAAGGAAAGGCUGGAGGCCCUGCGCACAGCCUUUGAGUCAGGUGACCUCCCCCAGGCCGCCUCUCACCUCCAGGAGCUGCUGGCCUCCACGGAAAGCAUCCGCCUGGAGGUGGGCGUCACGGGCGAGUCGGGCGCGGGCAAGUCCUCCCUCAUCAAUGCCCUGCGUGGCCUGGAGGCCGAGGACCCUGGCGCGGCUCUCACGGGCGUCAUGGAGACCACGAUGCAACCGUCGCCCUAUCCGCACCCACAGUUCCCUGACGUGACCCUCUGGGACCUGCCAGGAGCCGGCUCUCCAGGCUGCCCGGCUGACAAGUACCUAAAGCAGGUAGACUUCAGCCGCUAUGACUUCUUCCUGCUGGUCUCCCCCCGCCGCUGCGGGGCCGUCGAGACCCGCCUGGCCGCCGAGAUCCUGUGCCAGGGCAAGAAGUUCUACUUUGUGCGCACCAAGGUGGACGAGGACCUGGCGGCCACGCGCACCCAGCGGCCGUCGGGCUUCAGAGAGGCCGCUGUCCUGCAGGAGAUCCGAGACCACUGUGCCGAGCGGCUGCGGGAGGCCGGCGUGGCUGACCCUCGCAUCUUCCUGGUGUCCAACCUCUCGCCGGCCCGCUACGACUUUCCCACGCUGGUGUCCACCUGGGAGCACGACCUGCCCUCCCACCGGCGCCACGCUGGCCUGCUGUCGCUCCCCGACAUCUCGCUGGAGGCCUUGCAGAAGAAGAAGGCCAUGCUUCAAGAGCAAGUCCUCAAGACCGCCCUGGUGUUGGGCGUCAUCCAGGCCCUGCCGGUCCCAGGGCUGGCGGCCGCCUACGAUGAUGCGUUGCUCAUCCACUCACUGCGUGGCUACCACCGCAGCUUUGGUCUGGACGACGACUCGCUGGCCAAGCUGGCCGAGCAGGUGGGCAAACAGGCAGGUGACCUGCGCUCGGUCAUCCGCUCCCCACUGGCCAACGAGGUCUCGCCUGAGACUGUCCUGCGGCUCUAUUCCCAGUCGUCCGACGGCGCCAUGCGGGUGGCCCGCGCCUUUGAGAGGGGCAUCCCUGUGUUUGGGACGCUGGUGGCUGGCGGCAUCAGCUUUGGCGCUGUCUACACCAUGCUCCAGGGCUGCCUCAACGAGAUGGCUGAGGACGCCCAGCGUGUCCGCAUCAAGGCCCUGGAGGACGACGAGCCGCAGCCGGAGGUCAGCUUGGAAGUGGCCAGUGACAAUGGCGUGGAAAAGGGGGGGUCCGGGGAGGGAGGUGGGGAGGAAGCCCCACUCUCAACCUGCAGGAAGCUCGGCCUCCUUCUUAAGUACAUUCUGGACAGCUGGAAGAAACACGACUCAGAAGAGAAAUAAAGAGUGCAGCCCCGCC